GAGCGGCACAGCACAGAGCACAAGAUUCUCUUCGCGACCUCGAGGCUUGUGUUUCCCGGCCCAUCAUGGUCGAUACACAGGAAGCGCAUGUGCGGGGAAUCAACGAUGCGCCGCAAAGCGUCCCAACCAAGGGUGUUCGCAACUUCGACAUCGCCAAGUUGGAGUGUGAGAUUGAUGCUCCCGAUAUGCACGAGUGGAGACCCCGCAUCCUGGCCCGCACUUGAUCGGCGGACCCUGACUACAGCGGAGAUGUGGUUGCUCUCAGACUGACCUGGACUGAGUGAAGAGCAAUAGAUCGACACCGUGUCUGAUGAAGAAUAAUUGGUGAGCUCUGC